AUGGCCGACGACGAGGAAAAGGCAGCCAAGCUGGCAGCUGCCAAGAAGAGGGUAGAAGAGCUGAAGAAGAAGAAGACGAAGAAGGCCGCCGGCACCACCAAGAAAGAGAAGGGAGAAGCAGGGGCGGCGGCGCCCAGUGCUUCCAAGGAAAAAGAGCCCGAACCCGAAGAACCGACAACCCCGGCCGAGACUGCGAACGAGGAAGAGAAGGCAGAGGAGCAGGAGGCGACCGAAGCUGUCGCGGAGCAGCCCACAUCACCGACCGCCUCGCAGCCGUCACUAGCUCAACAGUCGAAGCUCAGGUCAGCGUCCUUCAAGCAAGGCUCAGCGCCCACGGGCCCUCUGUCCCCUGGAGCUCAGGGUCCAGAGGGAGAGACCGCGACUGAUAUCUACCGCAAGCAUGUCGCUCGCAUAGAAGAGCUCGAAAAGGAGAACAAACGUCUGGCUAAGGAUUCGUCGGACUCGGAACGGAGAUGGAAGAAGGCUGAGGAGGAGCUGGCGGACUUGCGCGAGACGGAGGGCGAGUCGAAGGGCGCAGACAGCCAACUUGACAAGCUCAAAUCCGAGAUCGAAGCUCUCCGGCGUCAGAACUCCCAGCUUCAGCAACAAGCUUCCCGUUCCGGUGGCCGCCACGGCUCGUCGCCAUCCGUCUCCAUGUCCUCGCCUCCUGCUGAGCUCGAAGCCCAGCUAGCUUCGAAAACCUCCACGAUCGAGUCUAUGGAGAUCGAAAUCUCGAAGCUGCGCGCCCAGGUCGACCGUCAAGCAAGCGGUACUUCUUCCGAGCGCGAGCAGGUUACGGCUCUGGAGGAGAAGCUGGCUCGCUCAGAAAAGGCCGCCGCCCAAGCCCAGAACGAGCUCGCCGACUUGCGCAAGAACCUCGACCGUACUGCAGAGAAGGCAGUCCGCGAGGGCAGCGAGCGCACCAGCGCCGAGACGAAGCUCCGCACCCUCGAGCACGAGCUUGCCGACGCCAUCGCCGCCCGUCUCGAUGCCGAGAAGAAGGCUGACGGCUUCGAGAAGAAGGUGACUACUCUCACCACCCUCCACAAGGAGCAAGACUCGCGCACUCAGACACUUCGCAAGGAGAAGGAGCGCGCCGAAAAGGAAAUCAGCGAGCUGAAGGCCCGCGUCGAGAGCCUCGAGAGCGAGAACACGCGUCUGCGCAGCCGCAAGUCGACCGAAGGCGGUGGCGGCCUCGACGACGACGGCGUCGACGAGCUCGAGAACGAGGAACGCCUGCGCCUCGAGAAGAAGGUGCGCGAGCUUGAGAAAGAAGUCUACGAUCUCCGCCACGGCCACUGGCAAGAGAAGCGUCGCGAGAUGCAGCCCGGCCCCACGAGCCCCGGGUUCGAGAACGUCAGCCUCAACAACAGCCGCGGCACGUCGCCGUCCGCGCACCGGAAGCAGCCCACCCACGGGGGCAUCGGCGAUUUCUUCCAGAGCGGCAUCAACGCGCUCACGGGCACCGGCGACGACGAGCUCCUCGACGACGACGACAUGGACUUUGACGAGGACGCUUUCCGCCGCGCGCAGGAGGAGGAUGCGAAGGCGCGCCUCGAGCGCAUCAAGGAGAUCAAGCGUACCCUCAAGAACUGGGAAGGCUGGAGGCUGGACCUCGUCGAGUACCGGCGGGGCGGUUCUGAGGGUCUCGGAGAGGUGUUUGAAGUCUAG